AUGUAUCUGAAGGGAAAAGGAAAGAGGGAGGAGGCGGGUGAGAGGAGCACAGCUACCAUUCGGUACAACCGCUCGUACUACAGCCCAGAAUGGUUGGGUGGGUUCCAGACGAGCCUAGACCUGGCUAGGCGCCAGGAUCGUCGGGUACUUGCUACAUAUUCACGCACCAACUGUGGUGCAGACAGGAAUAAGAAUCUGGUGCCGGAGCGAAUGAGCCCUGUUGAGUCCGUUACGAGGAAACGAGGUGGAGGAGAAAGAAAUAGCAAUUUGGGGGUCGGGAAAGGGGCGUUAAACCGGGCCGGAGCCGCCUUCUCUGACGGCCUUGGGUGCCAGACUGUCGCGGAGGGCGGGACCAAGCUAGGCCAAAGACACUACCCGGCAAUUUGA